UCCCGCCAUUUCGUCGUGUCCUACCCACUAUUCGAAUUGGCGAACACCUUUCCUUACCACGCUGAGCAGUCUCCAUUGAUGCGAAUCUCCGAGCUUUCGCCAGAGCUCCGUCGUCCGUCUGCAGAGGGUGACUCGCAACCUUCACAUCUCCACGUCCUUGAAGAAAUCGAGUCCUCCGUCAAUGAAGUCGAAUCCCUCUCCAUUGAAGACCUCUCCUCGCUGGAGAAUCUCGCCAUCCGCCUUCGCAAAUCGCUCUCUAACAACUCCUCUAACCUUCUUCUCCCCGAUUCGGCCAAGCUUCAGGUAUGGAAGCUCAGCUAUCGCCUAUGGAAUGCAUGCGUCGACAUCUCCAACGCCGUUGGCGUCCUCUCCACCGUCGAAGCAGGGUAUCGCGGUCGCAUAUAUGUAGCGCAGGCUGAGCUCCGCCAGAUUGCCGCUGAACUCCUCCUCGUUGCCAAAAAUCCCAAGGGGAUCCCCGCUCCUGCUUUCAAAUCCGCUUCGUUCUUCCACAAGGCUGGCCUCAUUUGGCACGACCUAGGCAGGCUCGACCGCGCUGCUGCGAACUUUGAGCAGGCCACUGACCUCACCUCAUCGUCUCGUGCUGAAGGUGAGGAUGAGAAGCGGAUGCUGCUCGAUCUCAAUCUCGCCAGGGCGCGGACGGCUUGGGAGGCGAAUGAUCGGAGCCUCUCGAUCGCGCUUCUCGGCCGCUCCAAGAACGUUUUAUUCAGAUCUCAGGCGGGUUUCCAAGCCCUAGCGGAGCAAUACCUCCAAUUUGGGAAGCUUAGCCUCAAAAGCUCUUCCGAAGGUUUAAUCGACGCGUCCAAGCUACUAAGCGAAGCGCUCGACUUGUGCGAGAAAGGUAUAGCAAUCUCGACGGGGGGAACCCUAGAUCUGGAGCGCUUGAAGGCGCGAUGCCUCCGAUUCAUGGCGGCAGAGCGACUGCAAGCAGAGGACUACGAGGGGGUAUUGAGUUGCGUAAGCGUUUUGAGAGGAAUUGAGGGAAAUGAAGAACAUCCGAGCGUAGGAUACGUCGCGAUGAAGGCAUGUAUUGGGGCUGGGAGGGUAGCAGAGGCUGAGAGGGAGUUGAGAGAGAUGAUGUCAAACAAGAGGGUGCCGGAAACUGCCUGCGUCUCAGCGGCGGAGGCGUUUUUGGCUGCUGCUGGGGCAGAGGCGGCCAAGGAGAUAAUGAUGAUGCUCUUGGGGCGUUGCAGGGAUGGAACCGGUGCGGCGCUGAGGGUAUUGAGGAUGGUGGCAGAGAGUGGUAGCAGUGCUGUGAAGGCGAUGGCAGCAGCAGAACUAGCAUCGGACGACAGAGUAGUGGCGCUUUUCGUUGGCUCCAUGGCGGAGAAGGAGAGGAAUGCGAUGCACGCGUUGCUCUGGAACUGGGGUGCGGAGUAUUUCAGAUCGAAAGAGUAUGAAAUUAGCGUUGAAUUGUUCGAAAAGUCAAUGCUCUACGUGCCCCGCGAUGACGAGAACAGAGCUCGGCGCUCAAAUUGCUUUAGGGUUCUUAGUCUAUGCCACCUCGCACUCGUGCAGCUUGAUCGAGCUCAGGAGUUCAUCGACCAAGCUGAGAAGCUUGAGCCGAACAUCAAAUGCUCCUUUCUGAAGUUUAAGAUCCAAUUGCAAAAGAAGGACGAGGAGGCGGCCAUCAAUCAGAUACAAUCGAUGCUUAGUUGCAUCGACUUCACCCCUGAGUUCCUCACUCUCUGCACCCAUGAGGCUAUUGCCUGCCAGUCCUUUCUGGUUGCUGUGGCAUCCCUUUCCAUUCUUCUCAAUCUCUACUCCCCAGGAAAGCAAAUGCCUAUGAUGGAAGUCACAGUUUUUCGUAACCUCAUCACCCUUCUCCAUCGUGACUCAGAAACUGAGCAAGAGAUAUUGAAGCACACCAGGCGAGUUCAGGCAAGAAUGAAUGAGCUUGGGGCUGAGAGUUUCUUUGGCAAAGGAGCUGUUGGUGCUCGUGAGCUAAACUGGUUUGCAGGCAAUACAUGGAAUAUGGGGCUGAAGAUGGGAAAGGAUAAAAAAUACAAAAUUUGUGCUGAGUCUUUUGAGCUGGCGGCUGAGUUCUAUGGUGCAUGUAGCGAUCAGAACGAAGGGAAACAGGCGAUGGUCUGCAAGUCUUUGAUUUUAAGCACAGUGGCAAUGAUCAAUGCCGAGGAGGAGGAGAAGGUUUUAAUGACCGACUCUGAUGUCAAGAAAGCCAUGGAAAUGCUCCACAGAGCUGAGAAGAUACUACCAGCAAUAGCUUUGUCAGCAUCUGAUAAUGGCGAUCAGUUAGUUGAAACAUCAACCAUGUUCUUCCUCCACACAUUCAACACCUAUAAACUCCUCAACAGGCUCGAUGACACUGGGAACCAACAACUCCAACUGAUCAAGUGCUUUGCCUCCACGAAUGCAUGCAACCCUAACAACCUCCUCCAUAUUGGUCUCUUUGCUUCUCAAGGUCGGAGGCCAAACCCUGAGGUCUCGGAGUUUGCCUUCAGCAAGUGCCUCUCAAGUUUACUGGAAUCGCCAGCUCCCAACUAUAAGAUGGUGAGCAUGGUCCUCCGACGGCUAGUCGGCAUUGCCGGUCUUUGUGCCAUGGAUGAUGGCAGGAGGAAUGAAGCAGCUUAUGCUGUCUACAGACAAGCAUAUCAGAUCAUUGUGGGACUGAAGGAGGGGGAGUAUCCUCCCGAAGAAGGGAAAUGGCUUGCAAUGACUGCUUGGAACAAGUCGGGAAUAGCAAUCCGGCUCAGACAGGUCACCACAGCUAGGAAAUGGAUGAAGAUGGGUCUUGAUCUGGCUAACCGAAUACCGGGCAUGGAGAGAUAUAUUGGCGGAAUGGAGGACUGCCUCACCAACUUUGAAAAGGUUUGCAGUGGGGAUGGCUGUGGAGCAGGUGAAAUUAUUGGGUUCGGACCGCGUACGUCGUCCAUAACCCAAUGAAAAUGCGCCACAUCACCCCUUACAUCACCCCUUACUCGGUAUUAAGC